AUGAGAGAUCGAUACUCCACUGCUUUCUACCUCUUGAAGCAGGGACUCAUGGACGAAAGACUAUCGGAUCUCCUGUGGAACAUUUGGGCUAGAGACGCGGCCGAUUCUCGGGACAGGUUGUUUGCGAUGCUCAGUCUCGCCGGUAGAUCUCGUGGCUGGUCCCAUGGGGACUACCGCAGAUCCGUGAAGCAGGUGUUCUGCGGAGCACCGACGGAACUCGAGGACCAUGACACUCGUCAAAUCCAAAAUCAACCACCGUACUCCAGCCUCAUGGCCAAAUAUUGA